AUGCCCCUCACACCCGAGGAAACCGCCCUCGUCGAUGCCGCCACCUCAAUUAUAACCAGCAUCCCCAUCUCAGAUACCUACAGCGUCGCCAGCGCCGCGCGAUCUACCGACGGCCGCAUCUUCACCGGCGUCAACGUCUUCCACUUCACCGGCGGUCCAUGCGCCGAGCUCGUCGUUCUGGGGUCUGCUGCAGCGGCUGGAGCCACGCAGUUAACGCAUAUCGUUGCAGUCGCGAAUGAAAACCGAGGCAUCCUCAGCCCGUGUGGACGCUGCCGGCAGACGCUGAUUGAUUUGCAGCCGGGGAUUAAGGUUAUUGUGCUUGAUCGGGGGGAGCCCAGGGGUGUGCGCGUGGAGGAGUUGUUGCCGUUUGCGUAUUUUGCGGAUUGA